AUGACCUCGAUCACCAUCGCGACCCUGCCCCGCAUGACCCGCGAGGUCCUAUCGAACAUCCUUCUCUCCUCCAACGCCAGCAAAGUCGCCAUCAUAGACGUCAGGGACUCAGACCAUGUCGGCGGCCACAUCUUCUCGUCGACUUGGAUUCCUAGCACGACACUUGAAGCGCACAUCCCAGAGCUCAUCCGCACGCUAAAGGAUAAAGAACAAGUCGUUUUCCACUGCGCACUGAGUCAGCAGCGUGGGCCGUCCGCGGCGUUGAAGUACGCGCGAGAGAGGGCGAGUGUGCUUGGCUUCGAAGAGGGAGCGAAACAGAAGGUCUAUGUGCUUGAUGGCGGGUUUUUGCGGUGGCAGGAGAAGUACGGGACUGAUGAAAGGCUGACAAAGGCUUAUGAGAAGGAUAUUUGGUUGGAAUAUUGA